AUGGGAAUCCGAGCCAAUAGGACCGGUGACUCUGCAACCGAGAAGGAGCGCUCAGAUGAUGCAGAAACGAAAGGACUGCACGUUUCCAGCACACUGGACAUAGAUAGCAUUCAAACAGGAACGUUGGCGCAGGAACGAAAGCAGCCGCCGAAGAAGAUGCCAUUCCUGCUGCGCUUCCGCGUGACGGCUUUCGGCAUGAAUCUAGGCAUCGGCAGCCAGACAGUGCUUUGGCAGCAGCUCACAACCCUUCCGGCGACUCGCUUCCUCCACAUCCCCAGCGGAAUUCCGCUCGGGAUCUGGUGCGCCGGAGUGGUGCUCCUUCCGAUCACGUCGGUCACGUACCUCCUUAAGUUCCUCAUCUGGCCUCAGGCGGUUCGUCUCGAGUUUCGCCCGAUCCGCACCAACUUUCUGAUCGCCCCUUGGUGGGCAGCUCUCCUGCUGUGCUUGGGGGCCCCGGGGGAGAUCACCGACCGCAUCUACGGGCCGGGAAAGACGAUACACUGGGGCGUCGCGCUUGGCUUCACAAUCCCCCUUCUGGCCUGGGAGAUUCUGCUGUACAGUCGAUGGAUCUAUGCGUGCGAGGGCAGGCUCGGAGCGACCGCUACUGCAGCCACUCAGAUCGCUUACGUUGGCAACUUCGCAUCGGCGCUCGCUUUCGCGGGGGCGGGGUGGCGCGAUCCCGCGCUCUUCAUGUUUUCGUUCGGAAUUCUUCACUGGGUGGUCGUUUUCACCACCGUUUACAUGCGGCCGAGCGAAUCGCAGCGCCUCCCUCCCCCCCUCGGCCCGCUAUACCUCCUGUUCAUCAGCCCCCCCGCGAUGGCGGCUACAGCCUGGUCAAAGAUUCAGGGGCCCGGCCAUUUCGACAGCCUGUCCAAAGGGUUCGCAUUCAUCGCAUUGGGGCUUUUCGUGGUUCUGGCCACGCGCGCACACUUGGUGCUGCGCAUUACCUUCUCGCUUGCGUGGUGGGCUUUCGUCUUCCCGCUCUCCACCACCGCAGUCGCCUUCUUUUACUACGCUGACUCAGUAACUAACUCGUCGCAAAAGUGGGUAGUCACGGGGAUUGCUCUCUUCUUUUGGGCGCUUUUUAGGGUUUUAGGGUUUUAG